CGCUGUGCGUAAGGACGGCGGGUCAGCUGACAGCUAUCAGAGGACCAGGAGGAAGGAGCGGAAUUAGCGGGUGUGUGAAUUGGGAACCUACUGGAUCCCGAUAUAAGCUAUCCGAGGCCAAACGGGGGGGGCAAAAGACUGGUGGCGUUCGUGAGAGAACUAGGGAGGGCUUUGGUUUCACCAUGGCAGGUUGGGAUUGAAGAGCAGCCACAAUGAUUGGAGGAUUGUUCAUCUACAACCACAAGGGGGAGGUCCUCAUCUCCCGAGUCUACCGAGAUGACAUAGGGCGUAAUGCCGUGGAUGCGUUCCGUGUGAACGUGAUCCACGCCAGGCAGCAGGUUCGAUCGCCGGUGACCAACAUUGCCCGCACCAGCUUCUUCCAUGUCAAGCGCUCCAACAUCUGGUUGGCAGCCGUCACCAAGCAAAAUGUCAACGCUGCCAUGGUGUUUGAGUUCCUUUACAAGAUGUGUGACGUCAUGACGGCCUACUUUGGCAAGAUCAGUGAGGAGAACAUCAAGAACAACUUUGUGCUCAUAUAUGAGCUGCUGGAUGAGAUCCUGGACUUUGGUUACCCCCAGAACUCAGAGACCGGAGCGCUGAAGACCUUCAUCACCCAGCAGGGCAUUAAGGGACAGCACCAGACAAAAGAGGAGCAGUCUCAGAUCACCAGUCAGGUGACAGGGCAGAUCGGCUGGCGCCGUGAGGGCAUCAAGUAUCGCCGCAAUGAGCUCUUCCUGGAUGUGCUGGAAAGCGUUAACCUGCUUAUGUCACCUCAAGGCCAGGUCCUGAGUGCCCACGUGUCAGGCCGAGUAGUGAUGAAGAGCUACCUGAGCGGAAUGCCCGAGUGCAAAUUUGGCAUGAAUGACAAGAUCGUCAUCGACAAGCAGGGAAAGGGAGGAGCGUCCGACGACGCAGGGAAGAGUGAUUUAGGGGGAGGAAGUGGGAAGCAGUCCAUAGCCAUCGACGACUGCACCUUCCACCAGUGUGUGCGCCUCAGCAAGUUUGACUCAGAGCGUAGCAUCAGCUUCAUCCCCCCUGAUGGAGAGUAUGAGCUUAUGAGAUAUCGCACUACAAAGGACAUCAUCCUGCCAUUCCGAGUUAUCCCUCUGGUCAGGGAGGUGGGCCGCACCAAACUGGAGGUGAAGGUGGUCAUCAAGUCCAACUUCAAACCAUCUCUGCUGGCUCAGAAGAUUGAGGUGCGUAUUCCAACACCCCUCAACACCAGCGGUGUGCAGGUGAUUUGUAUGAAAGGAAAAGCCAAGUACAAGGCCAGUGAGAACGCCAUUGUCUGGAAGAUCAAACGCAUGGCUGGGAUGAAGGAGUCUCAGAUCAGUGCUGAGAUUGAGCUUCUGCCGACCAACGAUAAGAAGAAAUGGGCCAGGCCUCCCAUCUCUAUGAACUUUGAGGUUCCUUUUGCUCCAUCCGGCCUGAAGGUGCGCUACUUGAAGGUGUUUGAGUCCAAGCUCAACUACAGUGACCACGAUGUCAUCAAAUGGGUGCGGUACAUCGGCCGCUCCGGUAUCUAUGAAACUCGCUGCUAAAGUUGUCCCCCCGCCAGGCAGCACACAGACCACUUCCCCUCCCAUCUAUCCUAAGAUUUUUUUUUUUUCUUCUUUUCCUUCCUCUUCCUCCCUCAGCCCUUAUCACUUCUCUCUCACCCCCCACCUCUUCCUAACUAGGUGUUGAAGAUUGAAAUUUACAUUGUUAAAGGAAAAAAAAAAAAAAUAAAUAAAUAUGGUAUAAUACACAGAUAUAUGCAAAAUGUGAACCAUUGUAUCGUGUAUAUAUCUCGUUGUGAUAAGUAACAUAAACCAGCCGGUGUCUGAAAGAAAAAGACAAGUGAUGCGGGAGUGUCCGGGGGAGCGGGCGUUAGGCUUGAAGGGUUUCCCCUUGUUGUGUUUAUUCAGUGUUAUUGUCCCUCUAUCUACUCUCCAGUUAUUUAGAAGUCCCACAUCUUAUCCCUGCUAAGAUGAUUAGUAGCUGUUGUGGUUUAAAAUGAAUCCU